AUGGCAUGGGAUUCUAAAUCAUCACGUCGGCGACAAAGCAGCGCCGCGUCAGGCACCAGAAGCGCUGCAGUGCACGCAAGGCAGCAGUCAAAGCUCCCUGUUCGGGCCAAAUCACCCCAUGUGGCCGAUCCAUUUUUGCACGAUUUCUUGAGCCCGUCUUUUGAUGCUGCAUCCUAUCUCAACGCCACAUUGCCGCCGUUGCAGACCUCAAAUCGGGCAGGCCAUGGCGGUGCAGCGCAGCAGGGAGCAAUGCCCCUGGCCAGUGUUUCGAUCCAUGCCCAGACGGUGCUCUCCCAGCUCAAUGCACAUACCACCAGGCUUACCAAUACCCUGACCGAACUCACCAACGAUAUCCUACGAAGCGGUGGUCGGUUAGCCUACGAGGUGGAAGUCUUGCGCGGAGAGACCCUUGGUUUGGCCGAGACUCUAUCCGAUCGGUUGAAUGACGAAAUCGCAAAGUUCGUGCCUGGAGGGAUCCAGGAGAGCAUUGCAGAUUCGCGGACCUCAGUCUCUGCGGCAGCCGCAAGCCAUGACGGCGCUUCUCACCAGAGACGUCUCUCCGUCGUACCACCGCCAGGGCCAGUAGCAUCAGGAGGCGGUCCACCUGAACCUGGAGCAGCUCUACCGGAAGAGCCACCCUACAUCACACAGUUACGCACUCUGACGCUUGUGCGCGCCCGCCUGGAGUCGGUCAUCAAGACGUUCGGGCAUGCAAUGGAGUUUGUGUUUCCACCCUCCGAAGUGUCAGUCAGCUCUUCGUUCCUGUCAGUCUCGGCUCCGGAUGCCGGUGGGGAGAACCACAGCACGGAGGAGAAGGGGCAGCAAGUUCUCCAAUCCCUCCGGGAGGAGAUUGCCCGUCUCCUCAACAAUAAGUCGGAUCCGAUCAAGGGCAUCGAGGACGCCGCCCACCGGAUUGAAGAGCUCAAGGAGUUGGUAACCGUGUGGAAGGGGACGGCCGAGGAGAAAGGCCGCACAAAGUUCAUUGAGAGCCUGGCCAAGAUGGUCGAGGACAGACACAGGGAGCUACUGAGGGAUGUGGAGCAGUCGACUCGACGCGACGAUGCGAAACCCGAUAUGGAGACAGGCUCAACAAGGCGUAAUGCAGAUGCUGACACUGGUCAGUCCGAGAAUAAAGGGUACGGUGCUUAUGGUCUCAUCAGCCAACUUCAGAAGCUCAGAAGUGGACUAUGA